UGACAUGCUUACACCUGCAGUUUUAUUUUGCAUUUAAAGAAAUAUAAAGUGGUUAAAAAAAGCAAUGCACUAAGAAUGAAUUGCUAAAAUGCCAUUUCUAAUUACUUAUGAAGGUGGAUGAUAUUAGCACAAAUAAAAAGCAAACAUUGAAUGAAUCCUGCUGUCACUGAGCUCCUUGUUAUUUGCUGAACAUGCUGGGAUCUUGUUCCAUCAUGGCUGAUGUGUAUCUCCGCUCAGCAUACUUACUGAGUCACUAAAAUGAAGCAAAGAAGACUUUCCAAAUCACUACCACCUUCUUGAGAAAAGUUUCUUUUUACAUUUGUGGAAAACUUGCUGGAAUGCAGGGUAAUUUUCUAUUAGCAGGGUGCAAUUCAUUCACCACUAAACAAUUUGCAACAUAAGGCCACGUGUCUUCUGUCACAAAUCAUAUGGUGGACACGCUGUGUGUGGAAGGAGAAGAAGUCAAGCUCUUUGAAGGUCACACACUUCAGACAUCUGGUCCUGGUCCUGAAGCAGACUGAGCCAUGGAUCAUGUGCUGAGCAUUGCUGACAAUUAUAUCUUCACUCCGUAUGUUUACCCGACCUCAUGGCCCGAGGACGGGGCUCUGCGUCAGAUAAUCACCCUGUGGGUGCUGACCAACCUGGGGGCAGAGCUGCUUUACAUGGGCUUUGGUGCACUUAGCUUCUACUAUGUGUUUGACCAUAAACUCAUGAAACAUCCAUAUUUUAUUAAGAACCAGGUAAGACAAGAGAUUCAACUAGGAAUGACCGCCAUCUUCUGGAUGAGCUUCCCCACAGUGGCCCUUUUCUUCUGGGAGGUCAGGGGUCACAGCAAACUUUACGACAACAUCAGUGAAUCUUCUCUGGGCUGGCCCGGGGUGUUCCUGAGCAUUGCUGGUUUUUUGUUUUUUACUGAUAUGUGUAUCUACUGGAUACACCGGUGCAUGCACCAUAAGAAGAUUUACAAGCAUUUACAUAAGCAACACCAUAUAUUCAAGAUUCCUACACCUUUUGCCAGCCAUGCCUUCCACCCACUCGACGGCUUCCUGCAGAGCUUACCGUAUCAUGUGUACCCUUUCAUCUUCCCCCUCCACAAGAUGGUCUACCUCUCACUCUUCAUCUUUGUCAACAUCUGGACCAUCUCUAUACAUGAUGGGGACAACCGCAUCCCCGACCCGCAGAUAUGGAUGAUCAAUGGAGCUGCUCACCAUGUUGACCAUCACCUCUUCUUCAAUUACAACUAUGGGCAAUACUUCACGCUCUGGGAUAAAUUAGGAGGCUCUUACCGAUACCCUUCAGCCCUGCUGCAGAAGGGGCCACAUGACCACAUCCGUAAACUCAUGAAAGAAGCUGCACAAACUCAGUGAUGAUGGAGCUAAUGAUGAACAAUUGAGUCAGGAACUUUACAGAGAGGUUUGUUUUUUUUUUUUUCCCCAAUAGAAGUUGUGUAAAUGUUAAAUACAAAAUAAUUUAAACAGGUUUAAAGGGAAUUUUUCGAUUUUUGGAUAAAAUGGUUUAAUGUGUUGACUAGAGAGAACUAUAGCCUGGAAUUACUGUAAAGAGUGUACCACAGUGAAUAAAACCAGCUAAGGUAAGCUCUUAACUAACCAUAUAUAGGUAAUGCACAGCUCUUUAAUCAACUGUAUGUGUGUGUUUCAGAUUUUUAACAAAGAUCUUGUAUAGAAAUUGUCUAUUGCUUCACAAUCUGAGCAUGAGAAAAAAUUCUGAUGUAGUCAUAUCUUCAUCCUGGGCUGUAAUCAUCUAACUGUACACACUAUCUUUGUGUCCACCAUCCUCAUGACUUU